AUGGGCUCCACUCAACCCGAAUUCAAGAACCCGGCUACUGCCUCUCUUUUGGAGUUGGCGAAGUCGCGCCGCACCUACUACGGCCUCAAGGCCGAGAGUCCCGUCUCUGACGAUGUCAUUGAGCGCAUUGUUCAGGACUCUGUGCUCCAUGUCCCCAGCUCCUUCAACACCCAGACCUCCCGUGUUGUCCUCCUGCUGAAGGAGGAACACAAGAAGGUGUGGGAUAUUGCCAUUAAUGUCAUGGAGGGUCUGGUCGCCGCUGGCCACGUCCCCAAGGAAAUGUUCGAGACUUCCACCAAGCCCAAGUUGGAGGCUUUCCGCGCUGCCUAUGGAACCGUCCUUUUCUUUGUCGACUAUGAGUCGCUCGCUCCUAUCAAGGAGAAGUUCGCCAUCUACGCCGACAAGUUCGAUCCCUUUGCCCAGGAGUCGAAUGCUAUGUCUCAGUACCUUGUCUGGACUGCCCUUGAGUCUGAGGGCUUCGGCGCCAACCUUCAGCACUACAGCCCUCUCAUCGAUGAGCCGAUUACCAAGACUUGGGACCUCCCCGCUUCCUGGAAGUUGGAUGCCCAGCUGGUCUUUGGUGUUCCCACUUCUGAGCCUGGUGAGAAGCAGUUCGCUCCUAUUGAAGGUCGCUACAAGGUGUUCGGCAAAUAA